AUGCCUCGAAAGAUUCACCCAGCAUCGCAGCCAGAUUGGAAUAAUCUCGCCGUUAUUCAUAAAAAUAGCCUUCCUCCUCGGGCCAAUUUCCACAUAUAUAGCACGAUACAGGAUGCAUUAGAUUAUGACAGCACUAAAUCUAACACUUACUCUCUCUCGGGGACUUGGAAAUUCAAGCUUGCCAAAAACCCAUUCGAGGGCCCCGGAGGAUUCGAGGAUCCGACCUUCAACACAGCAGAAUGGGACAGCAUAACAGUGCCUAGUAUGUGGCAGUUGAACGGUUAUGGAAAGGGGCCUCACUACACCAAUGUCAAUUUUCCUAUCCCCGUAGACCCGCCUAAUGUUCCACUCGACGAAAAUGAGACCGGAUUCUACGUCAAAAAGUUCACAGUCCCUAAGAAUCUCAUUGGCUUACAGCUGAGGCUAAGGUUCGAGGGAGUAGAUUCUGCCUUCCACGUCUGGGUGAACGGAAAAGAAGUGGGAUAUCAUCAGGGGUCGCGGAAUCCAACCGAGUUCGACGUCACAGAUGUAAUUCAUCAGGCGGGUGAAAAUACUAUCGCAGUUCGAGUUUAUCAGUAUUGCGAUGGUACUUACAUUGAGGAUCAGGAUCAAUGGAGGAUGAGCGGAAUUUACCGCGAAGUCCACCUUCUUGGCUUUCCAUCAGAAUCGCGUAUAGAGAACCUAUUCGUCCAGACAAAGUUAGACAACCAGUACGUCAAUGCCGAUCUAAAAGUCCGGAUAGAUAUCACCGGGUCUGGUAAGCUCCAAGUCGACCUUUGGGACCCAUCUAAGAGCAAGGUCAUUAUUGCGGAGACAAGAACUGUAUCUCAGGGGCGCAAAGAGUUCUCUCUCCCAAUACAAAAUCCUUCGAAAUGGACGGCAGAAACACCGAUACUUUAUUACCUUAUUAUCUCUUUGAAUGAUACCAGCUUCGUUGCUCAUCGCGUGGGGUUCCGACAGAUAGAAAUGAAAGAUGGCCUAAUCAAAGUCAAUGGUCGCCGAAUUAUCCUAAAAGGCGCUAAUCGACACGAGCAUCAUCCUAGACUUGGGCGUUCUGUUCCAUUUGAAUUCAUGAAGCGAGACCUUAUCCUUAUGAAAACUCACAAUAUCAAUGCGAUUCGGACCUGUCACCAACCAAGCGAUGUUCGUCUAUAUGACUUAGCCGACGAACUUGGAUUCUGGGUUAUGGACGAGGCUGAUCUUGAAUGUCACGGAUUCGAGUCAAUAUGCGAUGCCGCACUAUCUCCUGCCGAUAGAGCACUUCCGUUCCGCGAGCGGCAGCUUCUCACUCGGACGGAUGCAGCUAAAUGGACAACGGACAAUCCCGCUUGGGAACAAGCUUAUGUAGAUCGCGCGAAACAGCUAGUUUACCGCGACCAACUUCACCCCUCUGUCAUCAUUUGGUCUCUAGGAAACGAAGCCUUCUUUGGCCGAAACUUCAAGUCUAUGUAUAAUUGGAUCAAAUCAUACGAUGACAGCCGACCUAUCCAUUAUGAAGCCGAUAUAUACGCUGAGACUAUGGACAUGUAUUCAACAAUGUACCCGCCGAUUGAAACCAUCAUCGAGUUUGCCAAGGAUGAAUCUAAGAACAAGCCCCUUGUCCUAUGCGAGUUCAUUCAUGCAAUGGGUAAUGGACCGGGUAACAUUAAGGAGUACAUCGAUGCUUUUUACAAACAUCCAAAACUUCAAGGAGGGUUUGUAUGGGAAUGGGCGAACCAUGGUCUCCUUACCAGGGAUAAAGAAUCCGGUAAUGAGUUCUAUGCUUACGGUGGAGAUUUCGGUGACGAGCCCAACGAUAGCAACUUCAUCAUGGACGGGGUGUUACACUCUGACCACACGCCAACCCCUGGGUUAGUUGAAUACAAAAAGGGGAUAGAGCCCAUCAAAGUUGUUUCCUACACGUCGCAGACAGCCACGGUCAUAAAUCGAUACGACUUCAUUACUCUUGAUCAUCUCGGAUGUACUUACGUGAUUUUGGAUGAGGGCAGACCAACCUCUUACACUGGCAGCAUUGAACUUCCAUCUGGCAUAGAACCUGGCCAAACUACUGAACUGGCAAUUCCAUCUCGGCCUGCUGAUUUGACUGGAGAAGGGAUAUUGCAAUUCUUUUUUUAUCAGCGCGCUUCAACUCUAUCCCUCCCAGCCGGAUUCGAAAUCGCCUUCGAAGAGAUCCCACUUAACAGCCCCUGUCUUCCUCUCACUUUUCAACUUCAGUCUACAAAUAAAGUGACUAUUACUGAAGCAUCGACCCUUUGGACCAUUUCUAGCCCGGUUGCAUCAUGGAAUUUCUCGCCGGUUCAUGGAAAACUGCGGUCUUUUACAAAGAAUCACACCGAGCUCUUAGCCGCGAGCCCGGAGUUUACCGCUUACCGGGCACCUACCGAUAAUGAUGCGCCACAAGAUGGGCGCGACUGGAAAAAUAGGCUUUUGCACCUCGCUAAGUGCCAGACGCGUAGCUGCACAUGGGAUAUCGAAGCCGAUGGUCACGCCAUCAUAGUUCAAGUGCAGCAGCGCUUCGCUCCACCUGUCCUUUCGUGGUCCAUUGAUUUAGAUGUCACGUACACGUUUUACGCAUCGGGUACGCUCGUCAUACGUGUGAAGGGUAAACCGAAAGGUUUGAAUUUACCUCGUACGCUACCGCGCAUAGGCCUCACUAUGGAACUACCGAGAGAAUGGGCCAGAGGAAAUAAAGAUGCACCGGCGGUAACUUGGUACGGACGUGGUCCGGACGAGAGUUACAGGGACAAGAAGCUAUCACAGCGUCUAGGCGUGUAUCAAGUCGCCGCGGUGUCCGAGCUCUGGACCGACUAUGAGUACCCGCAAGAAGGCGGCAACAGGACGGACACGCGGUGGGUAAAGUUUACGCAUGCCGGUGGUGAAUCAAUCACGGCUUUCUUUUCGGAUCAGAAUGAUUCUAGAAAAAAGCGGAGGCUGUUUGAUUUCAACGCGUCGCAUUACCGGGUCGCAGAUGUAGAGGCGGCGAAACAUCCCUAUGAAUUACAGAGGAAGAAGACGGAUAAUGUAGUCCUUAGACUGGAUGCGACACACCAUGGAUUAGGAAGUGGUUCUUGUGGACCUAGUACCAGGGAUGAAUACUCGUUAUUGACAGAGGACUUUGAGUUUGAAGUGGUAUUGAAAUAG